AUGAGGUCCUCUGUGAAGGGUGAGAUGGAGCGAGAUCCAACGAUGGAUGCACGUAUUGUUCACUCAGUGGGUGUCAGCAACAAGAAAGAAAUGUCAACGCUGCACCACAAGGAAAGGUCGCUUAAAAGUGCAAAAAAUGUCCAAGAACACAUCCAUCGCAGGGAGGAGAAAGAACUUAUUCGACAGCUCACCAAGCUACAAGAUGAGAAAUGCAGACGACAUCCGGACAUGCUCAAUUCACGCUCUCAGUCUCGAACAAGUUCCCGCCUUUCUGGACCGCGUACGGAUAGCAACACUAAUAUGAUCCUCCAGGUCAAUCAUACAACAGGUCAAUUGCCCGGUGGUGGAAAGUUGACAGGGGGUAAGUCCAUUCACAACGCUUCGGUAGGUUCUCGUUCACAACUGACUGGACACCAAGCUGCGACCCCCUCCGGACUUCAGAGAGGCCGAUCAAGUCAUCAGGCUCUGAUGACCAGGCGACAGUCUGUCGACAUCAUGCGCGAUGGCGUCGGUCCGGUCCCCGGCUCGUCCGGACAGUACACAUCCAUCUCUGAUCUCACACGUGGCCAUGCUGGGAUGACUGGGAUAGGAUCGAAGCAUACGAGUGUUGGAAUCAGUCCUCAGGUUUCCUACGAGCUCAAUCAAGGGCCACCUCCAGUCCACCAACCGGCUGGCUACGGACAUACCAUCAAGGAAUAUGUGAACAGGGAAGGGCUUAACAAGAAAAGACCAGCUCACAGUUACAUGGAACCCAAGGGAAGCUCCAUGCAUCGACGAGCCAGCAUAUCCAUGGAAGAUCGCAUGAAAGGAUCGCAGAUGACGCUUGCCCGACCUGGCGACACUGGAAGUCGAAUCUCCCUCAAUACCUCUAUUCAUAGUCACCACCAAGGGCCAAGGGCGUCGAGUCAUCUGUUGGCAGGUGGUGGACCUCGUUCCAGGGAAUCAGGUCAUAUGAUUGCCGGUCCGCCAACGUCUUCCCACGGCAUGGCUAUACCAAGUCGAUUCCUGCUCAGCAAGCUCUUCAGUGGACAAGCAGUCUUAGAGGAGACUCCAGAACAAGAACGCAAGGAGAGCAAGAAGCAUCGCACGACUCUCGGGACACCCAGUGAUCAUUCGAGUACAGACUCUACUGAAUCAGAAACAGUUCUCAAGCUGGAGUGUCAUGAUGACUUGGUCGAGGGUGAUGUGCCUUCCAGCAGCCAAGGCAGUGAUCACAAAGUCCACUUCAAGGAAGAAAAGAAGCAAGAGGAUAAAGCAGUAGAUGACGCUCCCGCUGCGACAAGGAAAGAGCGCCGAGUUGGUAAAAGUGACCAUGUGGUUGCCGCACGUCGAGAAUCCCCCAGCAAAUUACAAGAGGACAAAAAGAAAUCUAAUCGAAAAUCUGCGCAAACGAAAGAACCAAAGAGUAAAACAAGUCCGCCAAAAGGAAAGAAAACGACGAGUAAGAGUGCUCAUGUCGUUAAGUUAAGCAGUGAGUCCAAACAUGAUCAUGAUUCGGGUCGGGAACACAUCAAGAAAGCCAAAUCUAAAGAUGCUUCACAUAGUCAUAUCCACAUUCCAAUGGAUGUUCUGAAUGAUCUUCGCUCAGCCUUAUACAGCAACAAGGCGGAUGGUGCUGGUGUAAACAUCGAAGAACUCAUCGCCGGCAGUGUCGGCAGCAGCACUGCCUACGACCCUUCUAGCAACUCCGUUCAAAACCGUCGGUUCCGAGCUCAACUUCGCGCGCUGCAGUGCAUUAACUCGCAAGCGGCCGCUCAAAGGCAACAGCACGACGCCGAUCCUGCGAUGAACUUUGACCCGCUUCAAGUCCUGCGAUGUCGCUACUUGCGACUCUCCCAGUCCAACAUUGACACUCUACUUGAAAUGUGCCGCGAGUCGGGCAUCGAGGUCGGCGUCCAUCCUCACAUGAACAUCGAAGACAUUGGGAAAUUUGUGUUUGAUAGUAGGAAACCAAAGUCGAAGACCUCAAGCUCGACUAGUGUCAGUGUGGAGAAAGUUAUUGUUUGAUAAGUUAAUCAAGUGGAAUCAACCCCUCUCUAACCUUAUUAUAUCUAUAUGUUUCAUGUUUUCACCUGUAUGGUAAAUAGUCAUACAACAUACAGCUAAUCAGAAAAAACCUGUCCGUAUGUACACUUUGGAGUAUCUAUCACACUAAACGUCAUUGUAAGUCUGAUUCUGGAUUUUUUUUUCUUUUACAACUUUGAAGUCGUGAACAAAUGUGUAAAUAGAUGUAUUCCAUUUUCGGAGCGUUUUCAAAAUACUUUAAUUUUGUUUUGUGUCAAAGGACGCAUUUGUUUAAUUUCCGAAA